AUGAAGGCUUUCUCGUACUUUAGUUAUGCCCUUCUGGCAUGCAUUCCCUUCACUGAAGCUCACCCAGGGAUGGGUGACACGAUGACUGAGAUGCGCUACCUUGCUGCUCGCGAGAAGCGUCAAGCCUCCAAAGAGCUCAUCGGCGACCUCAAAACACUCGCAGACUCCAAGCUCACUGCUAUCGGCAAAGACAUCAAGGCUAUUAUACUCGACCAGAAAUCUGCCGAGUCGUCCACUAUUGACAGCUCCAUCCCUGCUGGCAAUAUCGGGAGCGCUGCCUGCAAAGCUGACAUGUGCUGCCACUGGAAGUGGCUGGCAUACGAGAUGACAGCCAAGUUCAACGGUACUUCCGGCCGCUGCAGCAAAUUCGCUCGUCAAGCCGUUCGCCUUGGCUUUCACGAUGCAGCCGUGUGGUCGAAGAGCAGCAGCUUCGGUGGUGCAGAUGGUAGCAUCCUCCUCAGCGAUGAGAUGUCGCGUGCGGACAACAACGGCCUUUCUGCGAUUGCCGACCAAACGAAAAAGUGGUACAGCAAAUACAACCAAUACGGCAUGAGUAUGGCAGAUAUCAUCCAAUUUGGUGCCAAUGUCGCCACGGUAGUCUGCCCGCUUGGACCAAGACUUCGAACCUUCGUUGGACGUAAAGACAACAGCAAGGCUGGUCCUACAGGACUUCUUCCUGGAGAAAAGGACUCUGCAGACAAACUUAUCAAGCUCUUCCAAGAUAAGACUAUUGAUGCACACGAUCUUGUAGCGCUCGUUGGAGCGCACACGACCUCGCAACAGCACUUCGUUGACACCAGUCGGGACGGUGACCCACAGGACUCUACCCCUGGUGUUUGGGACAUAGCCUUCUACCCGCAAACGACCAAUAACGCACCUGUCCGUGUCAUCAAGUUCCAAAGCGAUAUCAACUUGAGUAAAGACUCACGGACAAAGGCUUCGUGGGCGCAGUUCAGCGAUCGGGCUACAGCCCAGGGCCAAUGGAACUCGGAUUACGCUAAGGCUUACACGCGAAUGUCUCUUCUCGGCGUCAACAACAUCAACGAUCUCAAAGAAUGCACAAAGGUCUUACCCGCAGAGCGUCCUACAUUUGUGAGCGAAGACCAGGUCUUGCUCGAUAGGUGGCUCAACGGCGAGUUUGACCAGCUCAACAACUUGGUGGAUGAUGCUAUUCAGCUGACGGGUGUGAUUUCCUCAAGGGACGAGAAGCCCUAA